CGGCUCCGCUCGGCCCCGCCCCGUCCCGGCUCGGCCCCGCUCGGCUCGGCUCGGCUCCGCUCGGCUCGGCUCGGCCCGGCCCGGCCCGGCAGGAUGCUGGCGCUCUUCAACAAGCUGCUGGACUGGUUCCGGGCGCUCUUCUGGAAGGAGGAGAUGGAGCUGACGCUGGUGGGGCUGCAGUACUCGGGCAAGACCACCUUCGUCAACGUGAUCGCGUCAGGACAGUUCAAUGAAGACAUGAUCCCGACAGUGGGCUUUAACAUGAGGAAGAUCACCAAGGGGAACGUUACCAUAAAGCUCUGGGACAUCGGUGGCCAGCCGCGGUUUCGCAGCAUGUGGGAGAGGUACUGCCGUGGAGUGAGUGCCAUCGUGUACAUGGUGGAUGCUGCCGACCAGGAGAAGAUAGAGGCCUCCAAGAAUGAACUGCACAACCUGCUCGACAAGCCACAGCUCCAGGGCAUCCCGGUCCUAGUCCUGGGGAACAAGCGAGACCUGCCUGGUGCCUUGGAUGAGAAAGAGCUCAUUGAGAAGAUGAACCUCUCUGCCAUCCAGGACCGAGAGAUCUGUUGCUACUCCAUCUCCUGCAAAGAAAAGGACAACAUCGACAUCACCCUACAGUGGCUUAUCCAGCACUCGAAGUCCAGGAGAAGCUGAGAUCCCGCAGGCUGCGGUUCACAUCGGGAAGAUGCCAUUGUACAAGCCCAUGCCCCUUCUCUCUUCUCCUCUGUCCCUUCAGCUCUCUCUCUAGAUGGGUAUUUUUAGGGGACCCCAGACUCCGCUCGCAUUGAGGUGGAGCCCUUGUUUUUAUUGUAAAGAAAAUGUCCAGCUGCCCUCCUCUCCUCUCCUCUCUCUGUCUCCCCCUCCCGUUCUGGCCCUCUUCGGUUGUUGUCUGGGUAUACACUAUAUAUAUAUGUAUAUAUACUUCAAGUUUUUAA